GAAACGCACCACACAGCACUGGAACGGAUAUCCCCCAAACAUGCCACAGCUUCUUCGUACCUCUGGUUUACCCCUCUGCACGGCCAAACUUGUUCGCCCUGGAGACGAGUUCUGCGUUCCGCUCCCUUUCUUUCCUCCACACGACCCGCGAAAGAACAACGGGAAAACCCGUUAAACUCUUUUUCAGCAACUCGCAUGCCUUGUUGAAGUGUGUCACGAUGAGCGGCGAGAGCAGUCCACCGGGCUUCCGGGAUUUUCGAGUGGUCGCAAGCUCCCGGGAAGAGUUCCUGGGAAACGCGUGAACUGUGCAAGUAACUUCGCGACUCGCACUGAACAAACGACUGAGCGAAAAUCCCCGCAGUCCGGAAGGAACAGAUUCGCAAGGUUUUCGGAGCGACCGGGGAGAGCAGCGGUGAGGUCAGUUGCGCGCCAAGAGCGUGUUUACGGCCUUCGUCGACAGAGAAGGAGUAGUUUUCUGUCGAGGAGACGCCGAAGAAGUCCAGGAAAGGAGCUGUAAAACUCAGACUCGGUCGAUCCCGCAAGCAACCGGAAGUUCCGACUGGGCAACUUCCCGCAAAAACCGCUAUUUUUCGCGCAUUCGCGUUCCAGCCGGUGGUGUGCCCAGGCUUCGCAGAGAGGAGAGACAAGCCCCACACAGCGCUGGCUUUUCCGUGCUCUGCCGUCCUUGUCAUCAUCAGUCGCAGGUUUUCUCUCGGGGCUUUCUACCGAGAACUUUUCUAAUGUAUUUGCCUGCGCGUUGGGCCUCGCGAUCUAGCCUUCCUUUCAGGCCAGGAACAGAGUUCGGCAGACAACCUGGACGCCUUUUGCGGGGGUUCCGUCCUCUCGAGAAUCGUGCUUUUCGCGACGCUCUUUUGUCAUCGUUUUCGCUGCGACGAAAUUGCUUUGUUGCCGCUUCUUCCGCGUUGUCUCCGCUUUUUUGCUGUCGUGAAUUUCUCUCGUUCUCCCCGUGUCUCCUCAUGAAAAGCGUCUCCGCCUCCGUCGAUUGUCCCCGCCCUCCUACUCUUUUGAUGCGUCCUUUUUCUCGGGGCUUUUCGUCGACUUCUUCGGAAACCUUGUCUGUCGCGCAAAUUCCCCAAAGUCCCCGUUUUUUCCGCUUCGUCUGAAAGUGACGAAGGCGCGGUGUACAGACACGUGAAGAAAUCCGUUUGACCCCGCGACCAUCUCUCGGGGAACUCCCCGCGCUGUUCCUUUCCGCUGUCGCACAGUUCUUUCUCCCUGAAGGUCUUGUUUCGCUUGCCUCUUUCUCUGCGUUUUUACACAAAGUUCUCGACUUUCUCUCCAAAGUCGAAAGCACAAGCCGGCACCCUCUGCGUCUGCCUCUCCGUCUUCCGCUCGCUCGUCUCGUGUAUCCGCCAUGAAGGAGGCGACCAGCGACCCCGGUCUGGUGGCCUCAGCAGGCACCGAGGGAGGGAAGAAAAAGAAGAAAACAGACAACUACGCCAUUGAGCCCAACAGCUCCUCUCCCCCCAUUGAUACGAGUAAAUGGCCUCUGCUCCUUAAACACUACGACCGCCUGAACGUGAGGACCGGCCACUAUACGCCGCUGCCUCACGGAUGCUCGCCGCUCUGCCGCCCUCUGCAGCAAUACAUCAACUACGGGGCGAUGAAUCUGGACAAGCCUGCGAAUCCGUCGAGCCAUGAAGUUGUUGCUUGGCUAAAAAAGAUUCUCCGCGUCGAGAAAACGGGUCACAGCGGCACACUCGAUCCCAAAGUCACCGGCUGUCUUCUCGUCUGCAUCAACAGAGCCACGCGCCUGGUCAAGUCUCAGCAGUCUGCAGGAAAGGAAUACGUCUGCAUUAUUCGAUUUCAUGCGAAGCCGGAGAGCAAGGCGAAGGUUGCUCGCGCGCUCGAAACGCUCACGGGAGCGUUGUUUCAGAGACCCCCAGUUGUCGCCGCCGUCAAGAGACAGCUGCGCAUUCGAACGAUUUACGCGUCGCGGCUGCUGGACUACGACGAACAGCGCCACAUGGCUGUGUUCUGGGCGAAGUGCGAAGCCGGGACGUACAUUCGGACGCUCUGCGUCCACCUGGGCCUGGUGCUUGGGUGUGGAGCUCACAUGCAAGAACUGCGUCGAGUGAGGAGUGGAAACUUGGGCGAGCGCGACCAUCUGGUGACCAUGCAUGAUGUGUUGGACGCGAUGCAUGUCUACGACAGUACGCGCGAUGAGACGUACCUGCGCCGGACGAUCUUCCCGCUCGAACUCCUCCUCACUGGCUUCCCCCGAAUCGUCGUCAAAGACAGCUGCGUCAACGCCAUCUGCUACGGAGCCAAGCUCAUGAUUCCUGGAGUCCUCCGAUUCGAAAGCGGCAUCGAAGUCCACCAAGAAGUCGUCCUCAUGACCACCAAGGGCGAGGCCAUUGCUCUCGGGGUCGCGCAGAUGACUUCCAGCGUCAUCGCAACUGUGGACCACGGCGUCGUGUCUACCGUCAAGCGCGUCCUGAUGGACCGAGAUACGUACGACAUGCGCUGGGGCUACGGUCCGCGGGCGAGUGAGAAGAAGAAGAUGAUUCUCGCAGGUCUUCUGGACAAGAAGGGGAAACCGAACGAGAAGACUCCCGCCUCGUGGCUCAAGAGCGAAGGAUAUCUCCCCAAGUUGUGUGGCUCUGAGGAGACAGAAAACGGAGAGGCGACGGAAGCUGCAGUGAAGGAGGAAGAGCAGCCUCGAGUGAAAGAGGAACCUGUCGACGAAGACGAAGAAGAACGACGCCGAAGGAAGAAGGAAAAGAAACUCAAGAAGAAAGCUCGAGAAGCAGAGGAGGAAGAGAGCGAGAGGAAGCGCCGGCUGUCGCAGGGCUCUGAGAACGGAGACGCUGAGGAGGAAGUUCGUGAGAAGAAGAAAAAGAAGAAGAGUUCGAGCGCUGAAGAAGAGUGAAGAGGGAGCUGAGGGAGAGCGACUUCGUGGUCGCAAGUCUCUGGUCGCCGGUUCGUUUUUUGCCGUGAAAAACAUCUUGACGUGCAUGCCGUGUCGUUGCCUGCAAAAGUCUUCAAGUAUUUUCUUCGACGGAUCCCCGAGACGCGUCUCGCUUUCAGAGAGCCUCUUGUUCAGCCCACCCUCUGCUGCCCAGGGAUCUGGAGAACCGGAACUCAGGAGCGAGCGCAGAGCUUCGACAUCGUUACCAGUAGUGGAAAACAAGCUUAAGUUUCACUGAAGUAGACAAAAAGCAGCGCGGAAGACACGGAAGCGAGCAGCAGUUGCCGGUGCUCCGGAGAAGCAAUUCGAACAGUUUUUACGGUAUUCGAUGAGAGCUGCCGACCGCAGUUAGGUUUGAGGAGACAGAAUGCCCCGUCUAACUCUUUAGAGUUGUCAACACAGGAACUCUGAA